AUGACGACCACGGCAACGAUUACGAUGGCUAACGGCUCGGUGCCAGACGGUGACGCGAUGGCAGCGAACGGGUCCAUCAGCAAGAUUUGCAGCGUUUGCGGAGACAAGGCGCUCGGUUAUAACUUUAACGCGGUAACCUGCGAAAGCUGUAAGGCAUUUUUCCGCCGCAAUGCACUGUCGACGAAGGGUUUUACGUGUCCGUUUAAUGAAAAUUGCGACAUAACCGUCGUAACGCGACGCUUCUGCCAAAAGUGCCGCUUGGAAAAGUGUUUUCGGAUCGGUAUGAAGAAGGAAUACAUUAUGUCGGAGGAGGACAAGGUGUUGAAGCGCAAGAAAAUCGAACAGAAUCGUGCCAAAAAGAGGCUCAGCAAUGGAAGCGCAUCGGAAACAAGUAAUGGGACGAGCGAACGUGAGACGACCCCGGGCAGGAACAGUGUACCGACCAAGAUAAAGCGGGAAAAAUCACUGGAAUCGUUCGAUGGUGGAGAUUGUUGGAACAAUUCCUCGUCCUCUGAGUAUGGACCGAGCGAAGUGCUGCAGACGAGUGGACCGGGCAGUUCGACGACGAUGUUCCCGAUAAGUACGAUCCAUGAUGUUCCCUCUAACUCCUCCAAUCAAUCGAUACUGUCGAAUGGUACGUCGAAUGAUUAUAGUCGAAUUGCUUCUCCAUCGGAACUAAGUAACACGCCCAGCUCUUCAGCGUACAACCCGCACAGUUCCCUUUCCUCCGAUGCUGAGCUACUCUCCUCUGCUGUUGCCUCACUACAAUCGUCCGCUAGUGGUGGAUCGAAACAAUCAGACACGGCACAGCUUCAAUCGAACGGACGAACGGGAUACAACGACGAAAAGCUUCCUGCAGUUACGAUCGAUUCCAGCGCGGAGGAUAUCGUGAAUCGGAUCGUCAACUAUCCUACUCGUGCCAGCCAAACGAUUGCUUCGCUAAUGAAAAGCCCGAAGGACGCAGUAUUCAUAAUGUCAAAGAUAAUCAACUCGCAGUGUGAUGCGCUGAAGCUGAUAAGCCAUUUCAUUACCGCACCGGGAGAUGCGUUACAGAUCAUUAGCAAGAUCAUGAACUCUCCGCUAGACGCGUUGACCGUGUUCGCCCAGUUCAUGAGUUCACCGACGGAUGCGCUACAGCUGAUCGGGAAGAUCGUCAGUUCGCCGGCCGAUGUGCUACAGUUUAUGCAGCAGCUUAUGAACCAACCGGAAGAUGCCCUUCAGGUAAUGAACAAAUUUAUGAGCUCACCUGCCGAAGCAUUGCAGAUGAUCAACAAAAUGAUGAACCAUUCCGAUAUUGUAAAAACGAUCAAAGAAGCGGCCGAUACGUCCCAAAAGGAUGAAGACGAACAGCAACAUCAGCGACAAGAACAGCAAGAAACGCUGCAAACUACACAACAGCCAACUCAGCAGCAAAUGCAUCAAACGAAUGUAUCCUUGGGAUCUCCUCACAUUGAUUCUGCGGCAAAUGAUCAGCAUCAGAUGAUUCGCUCGUUAAUGCAAGAACCAACCAUCGUUACGGAACCGGUCGGAGCGAUCAGUGCAGCCGCUUCCCCUUCAUCGACGUCCAACUACGAGCCACCCUACACCUCAAUGCUGGACCCGUUGCUUUCGAGCACAACCACCUCACUAGUGCAUUCCCAUAAUUACCAUCACAACCAUCCGCUACAAAUGAGCGCCGCUAUCCAGCCAGCUUCACCGAGCUGCUCGAGCGAUAUAGCAGAUGUGUUUGCGGCGUCGUCUACGUUUGGCCACGAUCCACCAAUAAUCGUCCCGUCUACGGACGAUUUGGGCAUCUUUCAAGACAUCGAAGCCAAACCGGUAAUACCGCACACGCUGGAAUCGGUCCUAAUGCAAGCGAUAAAGCUCGAGUACGAAGGAUAUAACAGUAGCCCGAUUGGUACGAGCACGAGCCAGCAGUCAACCGUCCAUCAUACGACGGUCGGUAGCAAUAGCAUCGAGCUAAAUGAUGCUGAAAGAGCCAAGCUGAAUGAGUUGAUUGUGGCCAAUAAAGCACUGUACGCACCGGUCGACGAUGAUCUCGCGUCGCUCAUCUCGGACGACUGCCGGAUAAAGAGCAAUCAAACGAAGCAAGAUCCCCAGUUGCUGAAGGUGAUCAACCUAACCGCCAUUGCCAUCCGGCGCCUAAUAAAGAUGUCGAAAAAGAUCAGCGCCUUCAAAAACAUGUGCCAGGAGGAUCAGCUAGCAUUGCUGAAGGGUGGCUGCACGGAAAUGAUGAUUCUUCGGUCCGCUAUGCAGUACGACUGUGAUCGAGCGACAUGGAAGAUACCUCACAGCCAGGAGGAAAUGUCCAACAUACGGGCGGAUGUGCUCAAGCUUGCCAAGGGUAAUGUGUAUCAGGAACACGAACGGUUCAUACGAACGUUCGACAAGAAAUGGCGCUCGGACGAGAACAUCAUAUUAAUCAUGUGUGCCAUCACACUGUUUUCACCGGAUCGUCCAAAAACGAUACAUUCGGAUGUGAUCAAACUGGAACAGAAUUCAUACUACUAUUUACUACGUCGCUACUUGGAAAGUAUCUACCCCGGUUGUGAGGCCCGCUCGGUGUUUCUGAAGCUGAUGCAGAAGAUAUCGGAAUUACACUUUUUGAACGACGAAAUAAUCAGCGUCUAUCUGAAUGUUAAUCCGUCGGAAGUGGAACCACUGUUGCGUGAAAUAUUUGACCUAAAGGUGCACUAA